UCCAUGUUUAUUGAAGCAGAAAGAAGCAUUUGUCUCGCUGUCGCCUUCAAUCAGACGACUUCCCGUCAUCAAAUGAGUGUGCUUCAGCUUUGUGUAGACUGUCAUAUCUUUAUCGUUGCCGACAUGAGUGACCUCGCCAUAAUCAUAACCUUUCUCGCACACAACUGUGCGAUCAUCUCCCGCCUCGGGAGCUUCUAUAUUGACGCAAAUCUCGCCUUCAGAGCAUCGUCCGGAGUCUUGAAAGACUAGAUCUCCAUCGCACAUGAAAUCAUACUUUCUUGGAUCUGGUUCUCGCUCAGAACUAACGCACCAGGCGCCAGCGA